AUGCCACAGACUACAAACACUUCUUCUCCUCCGCGAAAACGUGGAAUCGGAUUCGUCAAGCCAAACCAAAGGUUGACUGGCAUUCCUUGGUAUGGUGUCGAGGGUCUGUCCCCAGGUACGCUCUUGGUUUGGCAGGUUAUGCAGCAACGUCUCCCAACUAGAGAUCGACUGCGUAGAUGGGGCCUCCAAACCGAUGAGAAAUGUGUCCUUUGUGGAGAGGAAGAAGAAUCCCACCUUCACCUCUUCUUCGAGUGUUCUUAUAGCGCCAAUAUAUGGGUCUAUUUUGCAUCAUGCUGCUGGAACUCGCCGCCAGAGAAUCUUGAAGCAUGCCAAGACUGGAUUACACGUGUAGGAAAUGACAAAGGUAAAAGCAGGGUCGUUCUCUCCAAGCUGCUACUGCAACUGACAGUAUAUGUGUUGUGGAAUGAGCGUAACACCAGGAUUUUUCGGAACAAAGAAAAGCCGUUGGAAGUGAUGCGAAGGCAUUUGGACAAGUCGAUGCGGAAUUUGCUUCUUUCAAUGAAAGAGAGGAGAACUACAACUAACAAUCUUUUGCUGGAGGAUUGGUAUUUUCUGACUAGUAGUUUGAGAAUGUAG